AUGAGCUCAGCUCUAGAUCUUGAUGGCUCUUCCAAGGGCACCGUGCUCAACGGCCCUUGCGACUGGAAACAAUGGAUUUCUAUCAUCAAGAAAUUCGCCACGUCCCACAGUCUUUGGGACUUUCUGGACCCUGCCGUCAAGGAGGGAAUUUCGCCGUCUCGAAUUCUCCACACCCAAUACCGCUCGAAGCUUCAAGGGUAUAGGGAUCAAGUGAAGGCACUCGCCAGCCUUCAACAACACAUCGUCAAGACCAUCGGCAACUACUACAGCACCAUUGCCGAGGAACACGACGUUGCAAAGCAACUUGCCUUGCUUCAGGCUCGUGUGGCCCCAACCGACUGGGCACUCGAGAGGGAAGUUGUUCAGCGUUAUCGUUCCACCCUUCAGUCGCCAAACAGGACCAAGAUCGAAGCUUGGGUCACCCAAUGGCAGAAAGUCCUCACUGAGGCAAAGCAAUUAGGGCUUCCUGAUGUCCAGGACCUUCGCCCUACCCAAGAUUUCCUACAGGCUGUUUCGUCCAUCAACGCCCCAUUCACAGACUAUUGGGUCAACAAAAUGGAAGACGAGGCCGUAUUCGGCAAGCCUGAUUGGAAGACGGACUUCCCGGACGGCAUUAAGAUCAGUGAGAUCUUUGAACGAGCUCACCGAAUCAAGGCCGCCAACAACAGCAAAGGAUCAUUCGGAGCUGCCUUCCAAGGCAAGGGAGAGAAAUCGGAGAGGAAAGAGGACAAGCCUAAGUGGUCUUCAAGCAAGAACGCUGAUGGUGUUCCUAUGUGUGUCUGCGGAGAAUAUCACCGCUUCGUAGAUUGCUUCUAUCUCAUCAAAUCAGCUCGGCCUGAUGGCUGGACUCCUGAUCAGAAGGUUGAGAAGAAGAUCAAGGAAAUCCUCGACUCAAUCCAUGGGCAAAGAAGAUGA